CGGAGCUUCACGGGUUCCUCUCCCCCGCCUCCCCGGGGGAGCAGGAUGUCAGGGGGUCGCCCCCGCCCCGGAGACAGGGUGUCAAGGGUCCCCCGGGGGCGGGGCUUCAGGGGCACCCGGAGCCGCUCGGCCCCUGGGCGGGAUGCAGGGACAGGGCCCUAAGGUACCAGGGCUACGAGGGGCGCGCGGGUCCCAUGGGGGCGCGCGCGAGGAGGCGCCGUCCCUUCCUCGCGGGGGUCCCUGGGGACCCCCGGCCGCCUCCCGCGCCCCGCUGUCUCCUCCCGUGUUCGGCCUCGGCAAGUCGGGGCGGCGGCGCGGGCCGGGAGGGGCGCCUCGGGCUCACCCCGCCCCAGGGCGGCCGGGCGGAAGGCGGAGGCCGAGACCAGACGCGGAGCCAUGGCCGAGCUGCUGCGGACGCUGGCCGCAUGGCUGUUAGGGAACCUGACCGUCUGCAGCAUGUCUCGUUGCCAAGGAUGGUCUACCCCCAGCCAAAGGUGCUGACACCCUGUAGGAAGGACAUCCUUGUGGUGACCCCUUGGCUGGCUCCCAUUGUCUGGGAGGGCACGUUCAACAUCGACAUCCUCAACGAGCAUUUCAGGCUCCAGAACACCACCAUUGGGUUAACUGUGUUUGCCAUCAAAAAGUACGUGGCCUUCCUGAAGCUGUUCCUGGAGACGGCGGAGAAGCACUUCAUGGUGGGCCACCGUGUCCAUUACUAUGUCUUCACCGACCAGCCGGCCGCGGUGCCCCGCGUGACGCUGGGGACCGGUCGGCAGCUGUCGGUGCUGGGGGUGCGCGCCUACAAGCGCUGGCAGGACGUGUCCAUGCGCCGCAUGGAGAUGAUCAGUGACUUCUGCGAGCGGCGCUUCCUCAGCGAGGUGGAUUACCUAGUGUGCGUGGACGUGGACAUGGAGUUCCGUGACCACGUGGGCGUGGAGAUCCUGACUCCGCUGUUCGGCACCCUGCACCCCGGCUUCUACGGAAGCACCCGGGAGGCCUUCACCUACGAGCGCCGGCCCCAGUCCCAGGCCUAUAUCCCCAAGGACGAGGGCGAUUUCUACUACCUGGGGGGGUUCUUCGGAGGGUCGGUGCAAGAGGUGCAGCGGCUCACCAGGGCCUGCCACCAGGCCAUGAUGGUCGACCAGGCCAACGGCAUCGAGGCCGUGUGGCACGACGAGAGCCACCUGAACAAGUACCUGCUGCGCCACAAACCCACCAAGGUGCUCUCCCCCGAGUACUUGUGGGACCAGCAGCUGCUGGGCUGGCCCGCCGUCCUGAGGAAGCUGAGGUUCACGGCGGUGCCCAAGAACCACCAGGCGGUCCGAAACCCGUGAGCGGCUGCCAGGGGCUCUGGGAGGGCUGCCGGCAGCCCCCGUCCCCCUCCCGCCCUUGGUUUUAGCAGAACGGGUAAACUCUGCUUCCUUUGUCUGUCCUGUUGUGAGUAACUGAAGCCUAGGCCCCGCCCCCACCUCAAAUGACACACACCCCCUCCCCGCCACAGAGACACCAUUACAUACACAGACACACACAGAAAGACACACACAGACACACAAUCACACACACACCCUCCCCGCCACAGAGACACACCAUUACAUACACAGACACACAAUCACAGAUACCCCCUCCCGGCCACAGAGACACACCGUUGCACACACAUACACAGAAAGACACACACAGACACACAAUCACACACACCCCCUCCCUGCCACAGAGACACACCAUUACACACACACACACAGAAAGACACACAUACAGAUACACAAUCACACACACCCUCUUCCUGCCACAGAGAUGCACAAUUACAUACACAGACACACAGACACACACAGACACAGACACACAAACAUACACAGAAAGACACACACACACAUACACGCACCAGACACACAGACACAGAUACACAGAUACAAAGACACAGACAUAUAGACACACAGACAUGCACAGAGACACAUGGAGACACAUGCAAAAAUGCACAGAGAAAGACAUACAGAAGUGUACACACAGACACAUAGACCACACAGACACACAGACAUGCAUGCAAACACACAACAUGCAGACAUGCACACACAGACAGACUUGCAAACAUGCACGCAAACACAGACGCACGCACAGAGACUUAGGCGGGCCGAAUUCAGUGCCUGGGGCAUAAGUUCCUGGAGGGGUGGCCACCUUCAGCCCCCACGGUGAGGUCCUGAGGAACCUUCCCCUUAGACAAGGGAUCACGGAGGAGGUCUCUUCCGGAGCCUGGAGGGAGGCCUCAAGUGGUCCUUCCACCUUGGCAUCCCAAAGUGCUAGGAUUAUAAGCAUGAGCCACUGCACCUGGCCCCAACAUCAUUUAUUGAAGAGACUGUCAUUUCCACAUUGUGUUUCUUGGCAUUUCUGUCAAAGAUCAGUUGACCAUAAAUGCAUGGAUUCACUUCUGGGCUCUCUAUUCUGUUUCAUUGGUCUGUUUGUUUUUAUGCCAAUACCAUGCUGUUUUGAUUAUUAUAGCUUUGUAGUAUAUUUUGAAGUUAGGUAGUGUAUUGUCUCCAGCUUUGUUCUUUUUGCUUAAGAUUGCUUUGGCUAUUUAGGGGUCUUUGUGGCCAUUACUGACAGUUAAAACACCCCAGCUUAUGUCUCCUGGGCCUCUACAGUACUUUAGGUGGGGAAGUACUGUGGCCCACAUGUCCCAACAGGCUGUGUGUGGCACCUGACAGUGCUUUGUGCCACUGUGGAGCAGGUGUUACUCCCUCAUACAAAUUUUAGGAUUAUUUUAUUUAUUUCAGUGAAAAAUGUCAAUGAAAUUUUGAUAGGGAUUGCAUUGAAUCUGUAGAUUGUUUGGGUUGUAUGGACAUUUUAACAAUAUUAAUUCUUCCAAUUCAUGAACAUGGGAUGUCUUUUUUUUGGCACCUGAUCUCAGAUAUGGGAUAGCUUUCUAAUUAUUUGUAUCUUCAAUUUCUUUCACAAAUGUUUUAUAGUUUUCAGCAUACAGAUCUUUCACUUCCUUGGUUGGAUUUAUUUGUAAGUAUUUUUUGUAGCUAUUCUAAAUGAGAUUGUUUUCUUGAUUUCUUUGUUAGGGUAUAGAAAUGCUACAGAUUGUUGUACAUUAAUUUUAUAUCCUGCAACUUUACUGAUUUCAUUUAUUCUAACAUCUUAUUGGUGGAAUCUUUAGGGUUUUCUAUAAGAUCAUGUCAUCCAUAAACAGAGACAAUUUAA